UCCUCCCGUUCCUCAAAUUUUUUCUUAAGCAUUACAUGUCUCGAAUUCUGUUUCGUUCCGAGGAAGACUUGGAGUUUCCUGAGCUUUUGGACGCAGCAGCUGAAGAGUUAGCUGCAGCUUCAGUUGACAGGGAUGCUUCAAGGGGAGCCUUCGAGUACGGAGCAGGAAAAGCAGAACCUCUCGGCCGAACUUUGAACGAAGGUUCUCAAGUGGAUGGUGCUUCGAGUCGUGUCAAAGUCCCAGGUGUUUCUGGGGUUAGACAAGAAACCGUGAAGGAAAGCUAUUGGUCUUCUCCAACAGGACGUGUAGGAACCAAGGCUUUAAAGAGUAUCGAAGAGAAGCUAGUUACACCCGCCAAGAACUUGCUAGAUUUUGGACUUGAACAUCGACGGAAGGAAGCUUUAAAAAAAAGAGAGCGCCUUUUUUCUUCUAUGAGACUGGAUACAGGUGAAGGGUCACCUGUUCGAAUUGUAAACAUUGGCCAAGCCAAUCUUAACUAUCCAAAAAAUUACAUUAGAACAACGAAAUAUACCUUGUUGACUUUCAUUCCAAAAAAUCUCUUCGAACAGUUUAGGAGAUACGUAAAUCUCUAUUUUCUCUUCGUUAUUGUCGUUCAAUUUAUACCCGGAAUAACUCCUUUUGAUACUCCGAAUGGAAUUCCAGUCAGUUCUAUUCUUCCUCUGGCGUUUGUAGUCCUUUUGUCUGCAAUCAAGGAAGCUUUCGAAGACUAUCAUCGUUAUCUAGCGGAUCGCUCUUCGAACAGCACCAAGUAUCAAGUGAUAAGAGAAGGUGAACUGAAAACGGUUCCUUCGUAUGACUUGCGAGUGGGAGAAAUAGUGCGCCUUGGAAAGGAUCAAAUGUGUCCGUCUGAUAUUGUUGCUCUCUUUUCAUCUCAUGAAGACAAUGCUGUCUAUGUCGAGACAAGUAACUUGGAUGGCGAAACAAAUCUUAAGCGUCUUGUUGCGGUGUUGAAUUCUUCCGAAAAUGGUUUACCGCAGGAUCAAGAGAUUAUAAGUAAAACAUCUUCACUUCAUGGUGCAAUUAAAUGUGAGGCUCCCAAUGCAUCUUUGUAUAAGUUUAUUGGACAGUUGGAGUUGUCUCCAGAAACAAGUUAUUCGGCAAUGUAUGUGAUGGAUGGUGCAGAUGGUUCAGGAAGAAUGGUGGACGGACAUAUGAAAACUUCGACUGCGGAUACACCUGUCCAAUCUUCGACAGAAGUUGACGGUUCGCAACGCUUUCCGUUGGACGCAAAGAAUUUGUUAUUAAGAGGUUGUCGUUUGCGAAAUACGGAGUAUACAUAUGGAGUUGUUGUAUAUACUGGGAAGCAGUGUAAAUUAAUGUUGAAUCAGCAACAUCAAAGAGCAAAGUUCUCCCACGUUGAGAAGAAACUGAAUACUUGCAUUCUGAGUAUCUUUUACUUCUUAUUAAUUCUUUGUUUUAUAUGGGCCAUAUGUGCUUCAGCAGUCCAAGACAACUCUGUAUGGUAUUUGACUGGCCUUCCAACUAAUGGAGCUUUGAUAUUUAUUACUCAUUUGGGAACCUUUUUUCUUCUAUUGUACAAUAUGAUCCCAAUAUCAUUGAUCAUCUCUUUGGAGUUGACCCGCUUUUGGCAAAAGUGCUUCAUGGAAUGGGAUCAUGAACUGACAUGCUAUGAUAAUUCUGUGUCUCCUCCGCAACGAAAGCCAAUGUUGGCAAGAACCAGUGCUAUUAAUGAUGAACUUGGUAUUGUACAACAUUUGUUCUCGGAUAAGACGGGCACUUUGACUGAAAAUAUAAUGGAGUUUUCGAAAUGUAGUGUUGGUGGUGAACUCUUUUAUACAAAGCAUAGCAGCUUGGGUGAUCAUCUUGGAGAGUUGGCCUUCACCGAGAAACAAACAGUAGACUCUGGGAUUUAUCGAGGCACCGAUAUAGUUACAAACGAUGGAAGUUCAAACCAAGGCCGAACUUUGGAGACACCCAUAGAGCAUACUUCACCCAUUGUGGAUACGGAUUUUCCUUUCAAGUUAGAAUUUCUUAGAGCAAUGUGCGUAUGUCACACAGUCUCGCCUGAUGUUCCGAACCAAUUUGAAAGUGGUGAAGAGAAGAAGCAUUCUUGGCACCUGAAGAACUUGAAACGAAAUGCGCUACGAUUUUUCAAAAAGACAAAAGCGGACAAAGCAGACAAGUCUUCGAAACCUAGUGAAACAAGUGAAUUGACUGAUGAUAUCGAGAAAAUCGAUUAUGCAGCUCAAUCUCCUGAUGAAGUGGCUCUUGUGAGGGCAGCUCGUGAUUAUGGUUUUCGCUUGAUAAAGAGACAAGGACAACGUCUGCACAUUUUGAAUGAACAUGAAAAAACAGAAGAAAUAUUUCAAGUCUUGGAUAUUGCUGAGUUUGAAUCUUCGCGUAGGAGUAUGUCGUUAAUUGUACGCACGCCGGAAGGAAAGAUAGUUCUUUAUUCAAAGGGAGCGGAAUCUGUAAUGUUUGAUAAAAUGAGAGACGUUUCACUUAGCAUUGAUCGAGGAGAGAUAGCCACUAGUGUUGCUUUUGACCAACGGGACCUGAUUUCUGUCACAAAGAAACAUGUUCAGUCGUUUGCUGAUGAAGGUCUUCGUGUUUUGGUGUUUGGAGCUCGCUUCCUUUCGGAAACAGAAUAUGAGAAUUUUCAUUCGGAGUUGGAAAGUGCGCAGGGAUCGAUGGAUAGUAGCAGGGACUUGAAGAUUGCCCAGGCAUGGGAGCUUGUAGAACAUGACUUAACACUGUUGGGUGCUUCUGCUGUGGAAGAUCGUUUGCAGUACAAAGUUCAAGAGACUGUUUCGUUCCUUCAACAGGCAGGUAUUACCAUUUGGAUGGUUACUGGUGACUUGCGAGAAACUGCUGUGGCCAUUGGAGUUAGUUCGUCAAUUGUUGUAGAUCCACACAAGAUGAUUAGUAUAGAGGGAAACACUUCAGAGCAGGUUAUGCAACAGUUGGAAAUGGCUUUGAAGAGUGAUUUGCUGUUUUCAAGUGGGAGUGGUCUGACAACCACAACAGAUGAGGAGGCUAAUGAAUCAGGAGAUGAACCAACUCCGCUUGCCGGAACACGACAAUUUAAUCAUUCAAAGGGAAAAUGGAAAAGACGAAGGAAUGGUUUCUCUUCAAUUCAUACCACUUCUGACACCUCUAAAAGAUUAAGAGGACCAACUCUUGUCAUCGACGGAACUUCCUUAACGUUAGCUUUAAAGAACAUUCCAGAAACAUUUUUGACUGUUGCCGAACAAUGUGUUUCAGUAAUAUGCUGUAGAGCGACACCAUUGCAAAAGGCAGUAAUUGUACGUUUAGUGAAAACCCAAGGAAGGGUUACAUGUGCAGUAGGCGAUGGAGCGAAUGAUGUUUCCAUGAUUCAGGAAGCAGAUGUGGGAAUUGGUAUCCAAGGACACGAAGGAAUGCAAGCCGUUAUGGCUUCUGACUAUGCGAUUGGGCAAUUCUAUCUUCUUAGUCGGCUUUUAGGAGUCCAUGGAAGAUACAAUUUCAUUCGAGCUGUCAAGUUGAUAUUUUAUUCAUUGUAUAAGAACAUGAUGUUGGUGUUGGUUCAGGCAUGGUUUGCUUUUUUCAACAAAUUCUCAGGCCAAACUAUUAUUGAUUCGUGGAUUUUGCAAUUUUUCAAUCUGUUUAUAACUUCGUUGCCGCCACUUGCACUUGGAACAUUUGAAAAAGACAUUACGGAAACCACAAUCAUGAGACAUCCCUCUGCUUAUCAGGGGCUUAGAGAUUCUGGAUAUUUUUCUGGAAAGAAAAUGUUGUAUUGGAGUGCUUUGGCAAUUUACCAAAGUUUGAUUUGUUUCUUUUGUGCGUAUGGAGCAUAUCAUUCUUCGAAUGGAGUAGAGAGAGCAAUUGGCCAAGUGGGAGGUUUAUGGGACAUGAGCACGAUGAUCUUCACCAACGUUGUGAUUAUCAUUUUAUUAGAAGCCUGUUUGUAUACUCACUAUUGGGUGUGGAUAUCACAUGUUGCCAUUUGGUUAUCAGUCGUUUUCUUUUUUGUUCUUAUGAUUGCUUAUAGUUAUAUUCAACCCAACGACCUCAUUCAACAGGCGAAUAUGUAUGGUGUGGUACGUUGGGCAUUUCAAUCUCCUCCUUAUUGGCUUAGUCUUUUGGCUACCGUCUCACUUGCUAUGCUACCUGACUAUGUCAUUCGUUUUGUAAUGCGACAGUAUGCACCCAAGGAUUAUGAAGUCUUACAGGUCAUUGAACGCAAAGAAAUGAGGGAAGAUAGAAGGAAAGAUGUGUUAGAGAGUGCAGCAAACGUCUUAGGUGGUGCAAGACGGUUCUGGGGUACUUCGAAUUGACCGUUUUACUAGUAUAGUCCUGUGCAACUAUUGCUUGUCUAUAAUAAAAAAUUGGAAAGAGAA